GCAGAAUGCAGAGAAAGAACUUCACAGAAGUGACAGAAUUCAUCUUCUUGGGAUUCUCUAGUUUGGGAAAGCAUCAGAUAACCAUCUCUGGGGUUUUCCUAACUGUCUGCAUUUUAACUCUGGCUGGUAACAUCAUCAUUGUGACUAUCGUCUGCAUUGACCAUCAUCUCCACACUCCCAUGUGUUUCUUCCUAAGCAUGCUGGCUAGUUCAGAGAUGGUGUACACACUGGUUAUUGUGCCAUGAUUGCUUUGCAGCCUCAUUUUUCAUAACCAGCGUAUCUCCUUGGCAGGCUGCACAACCCAAAUGUUCUUUUUUGUUAUCUUGGCCAUUAAUAAUUGCUUCCUGCUUACUGCAAUGGGCUAUGACCGCUAUGUGGCUGUCUGCAGGCCCCUGAGGUACACUGUCAUCAUCAGCAAGGGCCUAUGUGCCCAGCUGGUAUGUGGGUCCUUUGGCAUUGGUCUGGCAGUUCUCCAUGUGACAGCCAUGUUCAGUUUGCCCUUCUGUGGCACAGUGGUGGACCACUUCUUUUGUGACAUUUACCCAGUCAUGAAACUUUCUUGCAUUGAUAUCACUAUCGAUGAGAUAAUAAAUUACGGUGUAAGUUAAUUUGUGAUUUUUGUGCCCAGAGGCCUGAUAUUUACCUCCUAUGUCCUCAUCAUCUCUUUCAUCCUUAAAAUUGCCUCAACUGAGGGCUGGAAGAAGACCUUUGCCACCUGUGCCUCCCACCUCACUGUGGUCAUUGUCCACCGUGGCUGUUCCUCCACUACCUACCUCAAGCCCAAGUCAGAAAACUCUACAGAACAAGACCUCCUUCUGUCAGUGACCUACACCAUCAUUGCUCCCCUGCUGAACCCUGUUGUUUACAGUCUGAGAAACAAGGAGGUCAAGGAUGCUCUAUGCAGAGUUGUGGGCAGAAAUAUUUCUUAACACAUUGGAUUAUUAAAUCAAGAGACCGUUAGCCCAGUGUAGUGUGUUUACUCACAAACAUGACACAAUACACAAGUUCAUCAAAUAUAAUAUUUGUUGAGAAUACUGUCAGAGAAGAGAAAUGCUUUUCUAUUUAGUGUUCUAGGGAUGACAGAAAGCAGGAUUUCUGCUCUGGUGAAUUUGGUUACCAGACACAAGACUCACUCCAAGCUGGAUUAAGACUACUUGUCUCUGUGCUUGAAUAUUUCAGCUUUGAAAGCUUUUUGGCUCCCAUUUUACCUGAACUCUCUGAGAGUCAAAUCUUUGAGCUUGUCCGGUUAGGGGAUGUGGAGUAGAGGCAGUGGGAACAUAGGUGGCAGGGGUGUUAGGAAAAUAAGUUGCAGAGACACCAACCUUUAUUUCUCUCUGCUUACAUAAAAAAUAAAGCUUUCAUUCUCAGGAGUCAAAUAAUAUUCCAUGUGACAGUCAUUUUGUAAUUAUAUCUUAAUCUUGCUGAUUGAAAAAUGAACAGCUUUGAAAAAAAGUCUCUUCUUUUAUUAUCCAGCUGUAUUCGCUCCUCAAAUAGUGUUCAUUUCUAUGUGCAUUCCUUCCUUCUGUGCAAUCAAGGCAGAAACCUCUGCUGUUCCCUAGGGGAUAAGCAGAAAGGACACAUACUGGUGGCUUUUCUCUGAAGCUACAUUUUUA